AUGGUCUGCAUUAACCUCCCUAUUAAAGAGAAGGUCGAUUUCGAGCGAGAAGAUCAAGUGUUGUCCCCUUCCCCUCCUCCAUUCGCUAUAAUCACGCCCCUACUCAAAUGCACCAAGAUCAAGAAAAUCCGCUGCGACACCGAUGAAUAUCACUUCUACGGCGUUUUCUCCCCUAAACUCAUCGUAUCCGAAGCAGCCAAGUUUGUUUCAAAAAAUUCAAGCGCAUCCAGAUCUUCUCUGAAGAAGAUUUUCAAAAAGUUCAUUGCAAUCACAAGCCAUGAUUCUCAACAAGACUGCCAAGUGAGCCCGGAGGCUAUUUGGUUCUUAGUACGCAUGACCCGGAAGUCGGGCGAGUUCAUCAUGCCUCGAUGGCACAGAGAUGGAAGAAUGACAGGUUGCACCGAGGCAAGUCACGUCCUCCAUUGCAGGUAUGCGACGACAUUGGUUGGACCUCCAACUCUCGUUCUUCAGGAGACCGAAGUAGUCUCUCAAGGAAUGCGUGCACAUGCUGCAAAUAGAAAGGAGUUAUCGAAUGCGCUUGCUUCAGAAGUCCCCUUGAAUAUCUCUCAAGAUCAAAUUAUUCGAUUUUCUUGGGGCAGAGAUGAUUCACCUGUCCACUCGGAACCGGAUCUCUUUUCAGAAAGAGUCUUUGCAUCGUGUGUGUAUGGAUCAGCAGAAGAGGUUCGAGAUAUUAUCAGCACGCGUAGACAAUAUGGGGACUACCAAGCUUUCUUCAGGACCUGCGAAGAGAAACGAACUUGA